CCAGGUUCCCUCCUUGCGCGCCGCGCUGCGCCCCGGGCGUGGGAGCCGCCCACUGCUCCCCCGCGCGCGCCCCCCCGCCGCGGGGCGCCCGCCCUCUAUAUAGCGCGCCCCUGCCGGGUCCGUGCCAGGCCGCUAGCCACGCAGUGGGCGCCGCAGAGCGCGCCGCGUCCGGGAGCCAGCCCCCCGCCCCCUGCGCCGCAGCCCCGACGGGCGUCUCCCGCCGCGGCCGCCGCCGCCAGGCCCCCGCAGCCACCAUGAAGAAAGAGGUGUGUUCUGUGGCCUUCCUCAAGGCUGUGUUCGCGGAGUUCCUGGCCACCCUCAUCUUCGUCUUCUUCGGCCUUGGCUCGGCCCUCAAGUGGCCGUCGGCGCUGCCCAGCAUCCUGCAGAUCUCGCUGGCCUUCGGCCUGGCCAUAGGCACCCUGGCCCAGGCCCUGGGACCCGUGAGCGGAGGCCACAUCAACCCCGCCAUCACCCUGGCCCUCCUAGUGGGCAACCAGAUCUCCCUGCUCCGGGCUGUCUUCUAUGUGGUGGCCCAGCUGGUGGGUGCCAUUGCCGGGGCCGGCAUCCUCUAUGGGCUGGCACCAAUCAAUGCCCGUGGCAAUCUGGCCAUCAACGCGCUCAACAACAACACAACACAGGGUCAAGCUAUGGUGGUGGAGCUGAUUCUGACUUUCCAGCUGGCGCUCUGCGUCUUCUCCUCCACGGACUCCCGCCGCACCAGUCCUGUGGGCUCUCCAGCCCUGUCCAUCGGCCUGUCUGUCACACUGGGCCACCUCGUGGGGAUCUACUUCACUGGCUGCUCCAUGAACCCAGCCCGCUCUUUCGGCCCUGCAGUGGUCAUGAAGCGCUUCAGCCCCGCUCACUGGGUUUUCUGGGUGGGGCCCAUUGUGGGGGCCAUCCUGGCCGCCAUCCUCUACUUCUACCUGCUCUUCCCCAACUCCCUGAGCCUGAGCGAGCGCGUGGCCGUCGUCAAGGGCACGUAUGAGCCUGAGGAGGACUGGGAGGAACAGCGAGAGGAGCGAAAGAAGACCAUGGAGCUGACCGCCCGCUGACCAGUGUCAGGCACGGGCCAGACCCUCAGCCCCUGAACCUCAGGGGAAAAAAAAAAAAAAAAAAAAAAAA